AGACAAGCGAGAUCGGGCAAAACAUUGAUUACUUUGGACGCAUCCUCCAUUUCACGACUUGACAGGCAAUGAUAGACAUAUCUCUCCCAUACAAAUAGAACAAUAUCCUGUUUGGGUGAACUCAAAAUGCCAUCAGCUUGGGAUCGUUGCAAUGCUCAGAAUGACAUGCUGAUGAGUCACUAUAGUGACGUCUCAUCACCUUCACACUUGGGGUUUAACCUCCUAUCGGGGUACUCGUGCUCCUUGCACAUUCUUUUCUUUUUGCUUUUGCAAUUCUUAUUCAUGCCCAAACCCAAGUACAGAUACACAACGUGCAGCGACAGCAAGGAGGUUAUCCACACGACACUUGGAGCUGAUGAGAUCCUCAACCAUCCAUUACUCAACAAAGGGACAGCCUUUCCACGCAAUGAACGCAUCCAGUUGGGAUUGCAGCUCCUUCUCCCAGAAUCCGUAUUUUCUUUGGACGGCAAAGUAAAGCGGGCGUAUCGUCAGUUUCGCCAGGAAGAUUCAAUGCUAUUACAAAAUACAUUCAUGAACAGCAUGUUGGAUCAAAACAUGGUCUUAUAUUAUAGGCUCCUGAAGGAUCACUUGGAGGAAAUGCUCCCCAUCGUAUAUACGCCCACAGAAGCCAAGGCCAUUGAAAACUACAGCCGCCUCUUCCGUAGACCGCGUGGAGUGUUCUUGUCGUACCCAGACAGGGACAGAAUCAGCGAGUGGAUCCAAGAGGUUUUGCCCGAGUAUGCACCCGAUGGCGUUGACAUGAUUGUCGUCACGGACGGGGAAAUGAUUCUCGGCAUUGGAGAUCAGGGAGUCGGCGGCAUAUGGAUUUCCAUAGCAAAGCUGUCUCUGUACACUGCUUUUGGAGGAAUUCACCCCGCGCGGGUUCUGCCUGUAGUUCUCGAUGUCGGAACAAAUAACGAAAAGCUACGCAACGAUCCCUUGUACACUGGGUGGAAUCAUGAGCGCAUACGCGGGAAGGACUAUUACGACUUUGUGGACAGAUUUGUCAAGGCGAAACAGGAAUUCAUGCCUAAUGCCGUGCUCCAUUGGGAAGAUUUUGGAAAGGAGAAUGCUCGUGUGUUGUUGAACACGUAUCGCGAUGCCUUUUGUACGUACAAUGAUGACAUGCAAGGAACGGCUGUCAUUGUUCUCGCAAGCCUUCUCGCCGCUCUGAAACAAACCCAAACGACCUUCUCUUCCCACCGCAUCGUCAUCUUCGGUGCCGGAACAGCUGGCACGGGCAUCGCAGAUCUUAUCGCCGCCUAUGACCGCCAAGCCCAUGACCACAUCUACCUGGUCGACAAGGACGGGCUUAUCACCGUAAACUCAAACCCUACACUCACCCAACGCCCAUACGCCAAAAACACAGGUCCCAAAACCUUUGAAGAAACAAUGCGCACUGUCCGUCCUACCAUCCUCAUUGGCGUAUCAACUUCCACAGGGGCGUUCACAAAGGAUUUGGUUCAACAUAUGCCCGGCCCACACCCCAUCAUCUUCCCCCUCUCAAACCCCACGUCCCUUGCCGAAGCCGACCCCGCGGACCUCUUUUCUUACACAAACGGCACAUGCGUUGUCGCAACGGGCGGUCCAUCCCCGCCUGUGUCCUACGACGAAAGAACCUACCGCAUCGCAGAAGCCAACAACGCCUUUGCGUACCCCGGCAUUGGACUCGGUUGUAUCGUCUCCGGUGCAACGCGGUUGUCCGAUGCCAUGCUCAUUGCUGCUGCCAAGGCGAUUGCAGAACAUGCCCCUGAGCGUAGGGAGGAUGGGUUACUACCUGGCAUUGACGAGUCGCGGGCAGUGUCGAUGAGGGUUGCGUGCGCUGUUGCAGAAGAGGCGAGACGGGACGGUGUUGCAAGGAAGCUGGAUGAAAAGAAUCAUGUUGAAGAGAUGGUACGGAAAGCCAUGUGGGAACCAGAGUAUGUGCCCAUUGUGAAGGUGCCUGCCCUCGAUGAUUAAGUGGAGGUUAAGAAUGGUCAAUUGCAUUGACGCUUGAUUACCGUUUUGCCGACUGGAACAAGAGAUGAAAGCAUGUGGCACAACCUUAGUAUGGGUGUAUCUAGUUUGGCCUUAUGGGUAUGGUCUAUUGGCACAACCUUUUUUGAAGAAAUAACACUUGUUCACUUGUAGCUGCCGUACUUGCCUCUGUUGCCUCUCCUCCUUGAACUAAUUUUAUCUGCUAUCAUAUACUUCGGACUAAUGCCCUCAGCCUAAAAAUACGCGCGAGAUGACAUUUCUUUUAUCCACCUCCACAUUGACUCUUUCAGGUCUAA